CUGGGAGAGUUUAUAAGCUGGGGCAGCAGACUCCUGGGCACCGAUGUCUUCCUCAUCUCCUGCUCUCUGGUCUUCGCCCUCCCAGCAGCAUGGCCUUCAGCGGCAAGUAUGAGGUGGAGAGUGAGAAGAAUUACGAGGAGUUUGUGAAGCAAGUGGGGCUCCCCAGGACCGAAAUUGAUAAAGGCCACAACUUCAAGAUCACAGAGGUGCAGCAGGAUGGGCAGAACUUCACCUGGAUCCAGCACUACCCCGGGGGCCAGUCCAUAACCAACAAGUUCACCAUCGGCAAGGAGUGCGAAAUGGAAGCCAUAGGGGGCAAGAAGUUCAAGGUCACUGUGCAGAUGGAGGGUGGAAAAGUCUUGGUGAACGUCCCCAAUUAUCACCAGACCUCAGAGAUCGUGGGUGACAAGCUGGUAGAGAUCUCCACCAUCAGAGGUGUGUCCUAUGAGCGUGUGAGCAAGAGGCUGGCCUGA